AUGUCCGCCGGCGCGCCGCGCGUCACCGCGGACGCGCGCGUCGUCGCGCGCGGUCUCCCUCGGCGCGCUCGCUCGUUCGAGCGCGCGUGGACGGCGCGACGGGCGUCGAAAGCGCCGCGCGUGGACGACGUCCCACUCACCGAGUGGGCGCUUUCGACGAAGGAGAGCGUCGAUGGGGGAGAUUUCAGGCGCGCGCGCGCGAAGGAGGCGUCGUUGAGAUCACCGUUCGGCGCCGAGGCGUUUGCGUGGGCGUAUUGGCGAGGGUACAGACAGAUGUUCAACGCGCUGGGGUAUCCCGGACCGGACGCGGAGGCGGAGUGCGCGGCAACGGUGCUGGCGCCGAGCAAGCGAUUGCUCGACGCGAGCUGUGGACCAGGGUUGAUCACGGAAAAGUUAGCUAAAGCACCGGGGUCGUUUACAUCCGUGAUCGCGAUCGAUUACAGCGAGGCGAUGGUGAAGGAGGCGCGCGAGCGGUUGGGAGACGACGCGCUGGCGUGCUGCGCCGACGUGAGUGAUUUACCGUUCGCAGACGAAGUCUUCGACGCAGUGCACUCCUCGGCGGGGGCGCACUGUUGGGACGACCCUGUCAAGGGGUUCGUGGAGCUUCACAGGACGCUGCGACCGGGUGGGAAGGCGCUCGUGUCGACGGUGGUGCUUCUUAAGACAACCGGAAGCGAAGAGGAUUACACGCGCAAGCGAAAGUCCAACACACCCUUCUGGAACGAGCGCGCUGUGUGUCGAAUGAUGGAAUCCGUCGGUUUUCGCAACGUCGAGGUCGUCAGAAAGGAUAAGUGCUUCGUCGCGAUCAAAGCGACAAAGUGA